UCCCAAGUGUCACCAUCCUCCGACAUGCAGUCCCUGGUUCUGGUCCUAACGGCAGCAGUUGCUGUGUCCGCUGCCCCACAGAGCUACAGCCUCCCCACACCAUCGGGGCCACUCUUGAACCUGGGGAGUUGCGGUAAAGGGCAGGUGCGACAUGUGGAUGGCAGAUGCGUGACACCCCGGGUCAACGAACGCGUUUUCCUGUACAAUGCCCCACCAAACCCACGACCCAACAACCCGCCCCCAUACAUCCCAGAACCUAAAGUAGACCGCAAUGUGCUGUUCAUCAAACUUGCAGAGAAAAAGGUUCAAGAUCCCAUUGUGGUACCACCUCCAAGGCAGGAUCAGGUGGUGUAUAUCCUCAACAAGCAAUCAGACCAAGGACAGCGUGUAAUCGAAGUGGCCGCUCCUCCCCCCUCGGACCCAGAGGUUUACUUCGUCAACUACGGCGAGGGUGAGAACCCGACUCUUCCCGGCGGAACUAGUCUCCAGCGCGCCCUGACGACCGCCGUCAACGCCAAGGGCCAAGUCAUUACCGGAGGUGCUCUGGGUGGAGCUGGUGGAUUCGGAAGCAGCGGAAGUGUCGGCUUCGGAGGCAGCGGAAGUGGUAGCUUCGGUGGCAGUGGCAGUUUCGGAGGCAGCGGAAGUGGCAGCUUCGGAAGCAGUGGCAGUUUCGGAGGCACCGGAAGUGGCAGCUUCGGGAGCAGUGGAAGUCUCGGCGGCAGCUUCGGAGUUAGCGGCAGCGGCAACCUUGGAGGUAGUGGUAGCCUUGGAGGCAGUGGCAGCCUUGGAGGCAGUGGCAGCCUUGGAGGCAGUGGCAGCUUCGGAGCCAGCGGAAGCGGCAGUCUUGGCAGCAGCGGCAGUGGUUUUGGAAGCGGAAACGGAUUUGGAAGUGGAAGCAGCUCCCUCGGCAGUGGAAGCAGUUUUGGAAGUGGAAGCAGCUCUUUCGGAGGCGCAAGCGGUAGCAACGUUGGAGGCAGCAGUGCAUUUGGCAGUAUCAGCAGCGUUGCAAGUGGCAGGAGUGCCCUUGGAAGCAGCAGCACACUUGGUAGUGGCAGCAGUACUGGAAGUGGCGCCAGCGCCUCUGGCAGCGGUAACGCCUUCUAAGCCUCAGUGGAUCUGGAUCAUCAGGAGCAACCACUGGAAGCUUCGGAACUGACUCUGGCUUCGAAAGCACUGUAUCGCGAAGCUCUUUCAGCGUGCCUGCCCUGCCUAGCAUCUACUCAACACCCUAAUUAGUGCAGCUGUUUGACCGCCCCAGUGUACCAUAUGCAUAAUCUUUUUUGGCAGACCAUCUGCGUGAAUCUUGAGCUUCAAAUAAUGUGGCUAUUCAGAUAAAAAGAAAUCUCUAAUCACAGUGCUAGAACUGUCGAUUAUUGGCGAUGUAGAUAAGAACUACCAAAUAAACUUGCACGAAGGAAAA